AUGUUUCCAGUUGGUAGAAUUCAUAGAAUGCUAAGAGAAAAAGUACCAACUAGAAGGGUAUCAGUAAUUUCAGCAGUUUAUUUAGCAGCAAUUUUAGAAUAUUUGGCAUCCGAGGUUUUGGAAUUAACAGUUAGUGCAUUAUCAAAAGAUUCAAAUGUUAGAAGAAUUUCACCAAGACAUAUAUUUUUAGCAAUUAAAACAGAUGAAGAGCUCGAUGAUUUAAUUAAAGUCUCAACCACAAUUGCUGGUGGUGGUGUUCUUCCUUAUAUUCACGAUGCUUUAAAGAAGAUCCCAGAAAAACAACCAGUUUCAAAACUCCCAAUCAAACAAGUUUAA